AUGAGUAUCAAACAAGAGCAGUUUCCCGACGGUGCAAGGUAAGAUGUGCUGUGAUGUGGGUCAUAUUCCCUUUGGCGUCCUUGUUGGUGCAGUCUGCGGUGUUGCCGACAGUCACCACACACAAAAUUGUUUACAUUUGCCAGAUGCUCCAGUAAUUUCCUUUGCCGUCUUCACACCUUUCCACUUUGAUAAAGCAAUCAUUUAGUGAAAGAUUAUGCCUGACACUGUUUUUCCAGCUUUGGCCUCUCUUCCUGUAAAAAUAAAUAUUUUCUUCAAUAUAUUUGUAAAUAGCAGCUAAGGUGAGCUUCCUUGUAGGUGAGGAAAGAAUCACAUUAGCGAUCAAAGUGAUGUAAGCUAGUGGUGGCUUCUCUGGAGCAUCUUUGGUUAUGCGUUUUGAUAGACUCCUUUUGGCAUAUAGCACACCAAUGGCUGGUCUGGGAGAAAUUCCAUUGGAUGCGUCUACCUUUUCUUGGUAGGUUCCACAGGUGUUUGGAAUGUCUGUGCUGCUCUCAAAGUUGCCAGUCAUUGCAGUAGUCCUGAAUUCCCGGGUUACUGCUUAGGUUUUACAGUAUUUUAUGGGAAUAUUUUUGGUAAAAGUAUUCAUUUGAUAUAGCCGCUUGCAGCCAAAGUAAAUGAGGUACAUGCAACCUAAAUGGGUGUUCAGCUCCAGCUCAUAUUCUGCUCUCUCUUUUAUACUGGGUUGGCUAUCCAUAUUUACAAGAAACCAACAAGAAAGGCAUGAAGAUAAACAGACUGCCAUUCCCUUCUGUAUAAUCUGGGAAAACACCCUUCAGUGUUCCCCACUGAAAGCCAAGGACUGAAGAAAAAAAAGAUCACAGUUUGAUAGCAUUGUGAAAGGGUUAGACCACGGGUAGGUAAACUAAGGCCCAGGGGCUGGAUCUGGCCCAAUCACCUUCUAAAUCCGGCCCACGGAUGGUCCGGUAAUCAGUGUGUUUUUACAUGAGUGGAAUGUGUCCUUUUAUUUAAAUGCAUCUCUGGAUUAUUUGUGGGGCCUGCCUGGUGUUUUUACAUGAGUAAAAUGUGUGCUUUUAUUUAAAAUGCAUCUCUGGGUUAUUUGUGGGGCAUAGGAAUUUGUUCACCCCCCCCCCAAAUAUAGUCUGGCCCUCCACAAGGUCUGAGGGACAGUGGACCAGCCAUCUGGUGAAAAAGUUUGCUGACCCCUGGAUUAGACCCUUCGCUGAUAUGCAGAACAAACCGAUAUCACUGCUUGGCUCCUGUGCGUGACACCUAGUCAAACAUGUUUGCAUUUGACAGAACACAUGCUUGCUUGAUAAAAAAUACAAAUUGAAGUGAAAUUUGUUGCGGACUUGGCUGUAAUUAUUUCCAGUCUAUUGCACAAAAUAAAAACAGAAGCUUUCAUCUCUGAAGGCCUUCAUUACUGAUAGCCUAAACCAGGCAUCCCCAACCUUUGGCCCUCCAGAUGUUUUGGACUACAAUUCCCAUCAUCCCUGACCACUGGUCCUAUUAGCUAGGGAUCAUGGGACUUGUAGGCCAAAACAUCUGGAGGGCCGUAGGUUGGGGAUGCCUGGCCUAAACUUUUGUUAGUGCCUGACCAGGUUUGGUCCAAGAAGAUUCCCGAGGAAGAGCAGGACCCACAGCACUUCCAGGAUCUCUGAAGAGCAGUUGGAGCCUGCCAUCCCAAUGACACCCCAUCAGUAGCACAAGAAGGCCCCACACCAUCUGCCUGCCUGAUCCAGUUCGAGAUACCACCACCCCUGAUCAUUCUAGGCCCUCCUGGAGCAAAGGCUAUGAUGAGAAAGAUUAGAAUGAACAAUGAAGCACCCCGUUAGCUGCACAAGGCCCACCUACCUAUAGUCCUGUUUAAAAGAUGAGGGAUGCUCAUGUAGGCAUUUGUUCAGAGUGGGAUCCAGCAGAGAGCCAAGAAUAGGUGGAACAGCCAGCUCUAUGUUUUGAUCUGCUGGUCCAACAGGUCCUUGUAGGCUCUCCUGGGGGAGUCAGUGUGCUCUCUCUCUCUCUCUCUCUCUCUCUCUCUCUCACACACACACACACACACACACACAUACCCACACACCAGGUGGUCGAGGAAAAGCACAGUCUUUGAGUUCAAACCUUUCUUCUUGGUAGCCCUUACUCAUGAUGCUGGUCACAACUUGAUCCCAGAGCAAUGAUCUGUAAAAGAAAUCUGCAAAAACAGCGUUGCCAACAAAUUUAAACUAGAGUGAAUUGCAGAGGGAAUUUGGAAGAUUCCUGCUGAAGCAAAACAAUCAUGUUUCCCCCAUGCGACUGAAAGGCAUGCAUGCUGCCCUCAGCAGAAUGCACAAGUGAGUGGAAAGGAGCCUGCCAGCUGGCCUCUGAAUAAUUAUGAACAGUGCUCACAAUUGGUUCAUUGGGACCAAAAUAUUGUUUGGAGAUAGGCCUUAGUUCAGACCAGAGAGAAGACUUCACUUCUCUGGGUGAGCCAGAUCCUUCUCCUUUUACAUGGAUUUCUGCAAAGAAAACUUCACUUUACUCAAUGUCUUAGGAGGUGUCUUUUUUGGUAUAAUUAUAGCAUGUAUUUAAACAACCAAACUAACAUGUGGUAGGCAUCUGCUAUCUCUUCAAGAACUUAACAAAAUGGGUGGUAAUGAUAAAAUUCUUAAUAAAAUGGGUGCAAAUGGACUUCUUCAAUAUUUCCAGAUAAAGAGUAUCAUUAAGAGGAAUGAAAAAUUACCUCAGUUUGGGAAAAAGACAGCAUCUGAAACAUUAAUUGCAUCAGUUAACUCAAAAGGUUUAGCAGGGAAAUGAUAUUUUUCAUCAGAUUCAGAUACCAGAAUCUAAUUACAUGCAAAAAUGGAAAAAGGGCAUUGGGAUUAAUAUUCUAUAGAGAGAAUGGAUCUGAAUGUACAAUAAUACUGUUAAAAACUUCAUAAGUUGUUUGUUGAAGGAAACCUUUAUUAAAAACACAGCUUCAAUAGCACCUCAAUACCUUAACCUCAAGAUAACAGAAAUGUAUGAAAAAGCUGCCACUGAUAAACAGUUAUGUAUAGUGCUAUUUUUAUUUAUCAUGCAAACACACCAGUCCAUGAAAUGCAAGCUUAGCAGGUGAUAAGCUGACCACUACCAAUGUAUCAAGUGAUUGUGCAGUGUGGUCCUGGAACAUGUGGUCCUAGCCAGGACCAGCCCAGUACAUUUUGGCACCUGAGGGAAACCACAAAAUGGUGCUUGCCCAUCCACCAGGGAACAAGAGGGGACUAAAAAUAUCUCUGCCAGGCACAAGGGGAGGAGUGAAGAUCUACACGAGGCACAACAGUGGAGUGAAGUGGCAGCAACAAUGAGCAAUGCAUUCCUUGGAAGCCAGAUCUGCCACCUAAGGCGGCCACCUCACCUUGCCUCAUGGGUGUUAUGAUACUGAAAUUCUGUUCCACCUUAAGUACAGGCAUGACUGUUGUGUGUCACAUGCCUGUUUACACUCCAGCACAGCUUGCUGGGAACUUCCGUUUGUGUGUAUUGCUAUUGCUUUUGCUGCUUGCUCUUGGACAUGAAGGGAGAAGACAUGUUUUUCCUUUGUCCUGAUGUAUGCUGAAUAAACUGCCUGUAAAUAUGCUCUCACAGCCGUCUCCUGCCACUUCUGUUGUGUGUUAUUUACUGUGAAGAUUAGAGCGUGCUCCAGCUUCUGAAGCUGAGGGUUGCUAUUUCAUGCUGAGUCAAGGACCGGAGGCUGAAGUGAAGGCACAAGACUGAGGAUUGAUCAUCAGUGAGCUGCACACAGGUGAGCUGCAUGCAAGCUGCUCGCUAGCCCUGUGGAGCCUCCUUUUAUUGAGACAAAUAUGCAAGCCAGGCAAAUACAUUUUGGGCUGCGACCUUUACACAUCUUCCGUCCCGAGAUCGUAGGGUGGUACAAAGUUAUUUUGGCACCUGUUUCCACCGCGUCAUUUUCGCCUUGCACAGUAUAUGACGAAGGAGACAAAAGGUCUCAGGGACAAAGGUUACAGACAGGACACCACAGACUACUGAGACCACAAAAGGUCAGACAGAGGGGACGAUAUUCCGACAGCCGUGGCUUGUCUGAGGGGGGGUUUGCCCUGCACCCCAAGGUCACGCGUGCAGGCAGACUGUUGCUGCCUGCUGGUGGGGAGUGUGCUCCCUCCGGACCCCACUGCCCACUCCGCGAUUAUCCCUACAGAGAUUGUCUGACUUACCGGCCGGUGGGCUGGAGCCAGCUAGGAGCUUGCAAAUUGCCCCCGUUUCCUUGGAAGCCUCCCAACAAUGGAUGGGCCAGCACUGGUUCUAGUUGCUGGUACGAAAUCCUUCUGUCUUCCAUGUGCUGUGCACCAAUUGACAAAUCUUCAGAAAACCCACAGCUGGCUUUUGGAGCUGGAGAUACUGAAGAAAAGAAGUGGUUAGCUAAUAACGCAUACGUGAAUUGUUGAAGCAGGGAUGGCUUGAAUAUCUGGAGGGGGCCCCUCCUGAACUUGUUGGAUGCCAACUCCCAUCAGUCCCAGCCAUCAUGGCCAAUGGUCAAGAUGAUGGGCAAUGUAGUUCAACAACAUCUGGAAACCCUCCUUUUCCCCAUACCAGGAUAAUUUUUGAUAGCUUCUUGGUUUUUAUUCUUAUCAGCCUGCUUCUAUUUCUCUUGUGGAAAGGCCAAGGAAUUUGUUUGCUGCAAAUGAGGUUGCCUUGGCUCAGUGAGAUACAGUUUGAUACACAGCACAUCUGAUCUAAACACACCCAUGGGAUAGAUCAGACUGGAUAAAUAUUUUAGCAGUUUUCAUUACCUAUUUUGGUGUACAGAAAGACUACACACACAUUCGCCUUUUACACAUGUCUCAUGCAUAAUGAACCACCUUUUAUAUACAUAUUAAAAACAGCUGAAGAUUACAAAAUGAACACCUAGGACAGAGGCCUUUUCAUCUUAUCCGAAAGAUUGCAUCAAUCAAUUAGUUAAUUAAGACCGAUUCUACCUUCCAUUAUGGUCCAGGGACUUCCCAACUAUUUAUUUAAAGAAUGUAAAACAAUCCUAACUACAACAACUUUAAACAAUUAAAACAACAACAACUAAACAUUACAAAAUAAAAAAGCCACGGCAACAAAAAAAGUCCAGUUUACAAAGGGCCAAGACCCUUACAAAACCAUUUUACGUUCCGCUUGCCAAUGUAAUGUAUCUAAGUACAUGAAAUGAAGCCUGAAAAUAUACUAUACAAAACAGAGACGUUAAAUGUCAAUAUGUUGUGACUACCAAUAUGUUGUGACAGUAAACUGGACAGAAAAUUUAUAGAUGUUGGUGGAGCCACAUGUGAGACCAAGUCAGAGAGUUCUUCCAACAGAAAACACCCCUGUUUCGUAUUUUUCUUGCUUGAAUUUUACUUGCUGAGAUGGUGAAGAAAUUCAGAAAGGGGUAAGACUUUUUUUAUGCAAUGUGUGGCGACUGCACAGAAAAAGAAAGGAAAAGGAAAUUCCAUGUGAGGGAAUUUGGAAAUGGAUUAAAAAUAAAACCGCCAGUAUGAUCAUUCCCUUAAUACAAGUCUGCAGUGUGGAUCCCAAGUGCAAUACGGUAUACAGUUCUGCUCACCCCAUCUGAACAAGGAUAUGUUGAGCUGGAAGGGGUGCAAAAAGGUGCAAUCAGAAUUCUAAGAUUUGGAAAAGAAAGCUAAAGCAUUUGGGGCUUUUUUACUUUUAAAAAUGUGACGGGGGGUGGAUAAAUGCUAAGCAUUUUGAUAAAAUUAGACAUGGCAUGAAGAAAGCACAUAGAGAAAAAGUAUUCUUACUCCUUGUCCCAUAAUAGAAGAAUCUGGGGUCAUCCAAUGAAGCUGAUUUGUUGGAGAUUCUGAACAGACAAAAUAAUUUGUAAUUUAUGGGAUUUUGUGGCAAAAGACAUAGGGAUAGCCUCUGGGUUAGAUGACUUUAAAAAGAAUUAGACAAAGUCACAUGGGGUAAGGGUGGCAGUGGCUGCUAAUAAUGGUGGCUAUAUGAAACCUGCAUGCCUCUGUAUGCCAUUUGCGGCAGAGGCAUAUCAGCCGGGGCUUGUUGUAUUCAUGCCUUGUUUUUGCGCUCCCCAGAAAUACCUAGCUGGCUACUGUGGGUAACAGGAUGCCAGACUAGACGGGACUUCAGUUUAAUUCAGAAUUGAUUCUGAAUACCAAUAUGGAGCCUGAUUGUUCAAUAAACAUGGAAUUGCACCAUAUGGAGUUCCUUGUUAUUCAGAUGUAACUGACAUCAGUGUAUUCACAUUCCCUGAACUGCUACAUUUCUGCAUCAGUUAAUGGACUUUUUUUUUAAGUCCUCAUGGAAAUUACUGUUAUUGUUGUUAUUGUUAUUGUUAUAUUUCAAUAUAUAUGUUAUAUUGUUAUAUUUUUAUGUUCACAACAUAAAAAAAUCAGCAUUUCUCCUAAUACAUACAUUUUUGCAGGCAAUUUCCCCCAAUACAAUGCAUAUGCAAUUUUCUUUAAUAUAUGUAUUUUUUGCAAACUGUCCCCUAAGACACACAUCUUUGCACACAUCUGAGUGGAGAAAUUUCAAAGGACAGAUGAGUUUUGGCUCAUAUAUUGUUUCAGUUAAGUGCAAUUUAGGUAGGUUCACAAUAAAAUCCUAACCGAACCAAAUUUAUUCCCUAUCUGUAAUCUAUUCAGGGUAGGCUUUAUCUCUUUUGCACAAUGGGCAGGUGCUUUCUAAUGCUGCCACAAAGUCAUUCCAUAUAUAUAUAUAUAAAUGGGUGGAGAAAGACUAUUGUAGGGGCUGGUCAAAAGAUGACUCAUGCAAUGCCGAGAGCUACCUGAUACAAUGUAGUAUUCAGUUAUAAUGGGAUUAUAUCUGACAGGCACCAUAGCAGGGCAGAUUUGCCACACUUGCGCCACAUAGGACACAUCUGUUUUGCAGUUGCUAGCUGGCAAUGAUCAUAACCUUUUAUUAAAAUCCUACAACAUUCCCCACUGGCCCUCUCUCCCUCCUUCCAUCUUCCCCACAAUGCUUCAUGUGUUUUGACACGAGGCACUUUCAUCCUUAGCUUCAAGUGUAAGGGUUAGAAUCAGUGCUGUUUUUCUAGAAAAAAAAGUGCCAGAACUCACCAUGAUCACCUCCGUUGUUCUCUUAGAACGGCAAUGGAACCCACCUGAGAGGUGCUGGAACUGAGUUCCAUUGAGUUCCUGCUGAAAAAAAUGCAUUUGUUAGAAUCUUAUCUUUUGAAAAGCAUUUAAGCUGAAAGUAUUGUGGAUUUUUAGGACACUAUGCAUUAAACCACAGGGGGAAAACUAUAUAGAAAGGAUAUUAAAUGAAACUUAAGGCAGCUAUAGGAAUGACAGAGACAAGGAGUGGCAUCAAUACCAAAUUAAACCAAAUUAACUGAUUACAACCCUAGGAUCUGUCUGCAAAGUGUUGAUUAACAUGGUUCACGGAGGGCAGAUACUGGCACCCUGCCCUUAAAAAAAUACACGCAUGCAAGGCAAGUCAAACUGCCUAUUUUGUGCAUAACAUAGAAAUCUCAUACAAUAUAGGAAUCCUCAAGAUGACAAAAUAAACAUCCCAGAUCAGGAAUCUAUGGUUGCUUUCUAUCACUUGGAAUGUCAACUUAGUAUAUUAUGAAUACGUAUGCUUUUAUGUUUGCUUUCAUGAUGAAAGUGGUUUCAGGUUUUAAGUUGUUGGCUGGUUGACAUCUGUUUCAAAAUGGAUGUUUUCACAGUAAUGCUAUCAGACUGAAGGCCUUUGGAGAACAGGCAAGCAUAGUUAAAAAGCCAUUGCUUCUAUUAAUAGAGCAGAGUCCCUUCUGCAAUGUCAACUGUAAUAUUAAUCCUUGUUUCAAAUCACAGGUCUCAAAUAUCAGCUGCCACUACUCAGACGGGUCUCUUUCAGUUUAUAUCAGAGAACCCAAUGGAGUCUUUUGAAGAACCUGGUCAGGUUAGUAGGGAGAACUUAUUAGAAGUUCCCACUUUAAGUGAUUCUCUCUCAGAAGAUGAAGAUGUUAAAGCUACACUGCAGCACCGCUUCUCCCCCAGCCCCCGGAGGCGGAAUUCAGAUUCUUCUGAAGAAAUGGAAGCAGAAACCCCAUCCACCAUUGCAAGAAAAGUUUCAUUUGCUGAUGCAUUUGGUUUUGACCUUGUAUCCGUUAAGGAGUUUGAUACCUGGGAUGUUCCAAUUACAUUACCAAAUGACGACUUAGAAGAUGAAGUUGUGCCUGUGGAGGAAUUCUAUUUAUCUCCACUGUUUAUACUGCCUGCCACACAAGAAGAGCUUUUGCAAAAAGUGCGUGCACAGAAAGUAUGGUUAGAGUCUGUCGAGUUCCUGCCAGGGAUAACAUGUAUGAAGGGCAUCAUCCGUGUUCUGAAUGUAUCCUUCGAAAAGCUGGUCUAUGUCCGAAUGUCUUUGGACAACUGGCAGACAUAUUAUGACAUCUUGGGAGAUUAUGUGCCUAAUUCUUGUGAUGGCGAGACUGACCAGUUCUUGUUCAAGAUUUCAUUGGUUCCUCCUUAUCAGAGAGAGGAUGCUAAGGUUGAAUUUUGCAUCCGUUAUGAGACAUCAGUGGGAAUAUUUUGGGCAAACAAUGACAAUCGUAAUUAUAUUUUGAUCUGCCACAAAAAGGAAACUGCGCCACCAGCGGAAGAGAAUAAAGCCCAGGGAGAAGUUACAGAUAAAGUCCAGGAAGGUGUUACAGACAAAUAUAUCAAAGGCUGCUUAAAGACAAUACCAAGCAGGUGAGGUUGCAUCUUGCACUUCUUUCCUUUUAAAAAAAGUAUUGUAAAACCUCUUUCAAUGAUAGUUUCCCCAAAAGAUGUUCCUAUCUCUUCAAAGAAGGAGAUGCUGUUAAUAAUUUUUCAAAAUCUGUCCCUGUGGUUAAUUUUGUGCUUCCAUACUACUUUAAAUAAAAGGUAUAUAAUUAUAUAUAUAUAUAUAUAUUUCCAGAGAGGUUAACUUGAGGGAAAUGUAAUUACCGUAGUCUUACAUCCUAAGUGUAUUACCAAAAUAGUAUGAAAGUCAUAACUACUAAGUAUAGGUGAAGCAGUUCAUUACAGGUGAAACAGCUCAUUCCUGAUGCCUAAAAUGUCGAGCAUAGUUAGACUUUGAUCACUUCCUAUUUAAUUUCACUGUAGAAAUUUAGCAAUAAACCUGCAUAGUGGUUGCAUACUCCUGAGAGUUUAAAUGGGUUUUGACGAUAGUUGGGAAAUGUUUGAAGUGUUUUUAAAGGCCCAUAAUCCUUUAAAAACAAUUAUAUUGGUCAUAAGAGAGCUCUGGUAAAGAAUUAGUCUGUCCAGGGGACACUUUGAGGUGGGAGAAGAGGUGGGAAGACCAUCUAGUGUGCUAUGCCACCAAGUUCUGUUGCCACAGAGACCAGCUUAUCUUUCACCUUUAGAUUGGUAACUUGUGAAGGGGCAGGUAGCAGCAUCCUUAGGGGUCCAAGUUUGCUUCAGAGGUCUGCAGCUGUUGACUCAUGCAUGAGAGGAAUAUAGAGGAAUGUAUUUAGGAUUUUGUUAUAUUUCAGUCAUAAAGAAAACACACAAUGUAAAGAUCUAUGUUUUGGUUGCUCUGAGAAAAGCAAUAAUCAAUUUUGUUUUGUUCUGUUAUUAACCAUCAUCUAGGCCAGGGAUGGGAAACCUGUGGCCCUCUGGAAGUUGUUGGACUCCGACACCUAUCAGCCCCAACAAGUAGGCUCAAUAGCUAAGCAUGCUGGGAGUUGUAGUCCAACAGCACCUGGAAGGCCACAGGUUCUGUACCUCUGAUCUAGAUUCUGCUGUUUCCUAUGUGUUACCGGUGUAUGUUUUGACCGCAAGUCUACAAGUGUAGGAAUGUUUAUUGCAGAUGAAAUGUUGGGUCCCUAACAAUCUCCGUUAUCUCAGAGAUCUCAGCUAUCUUUUUGCAGGUUUAAAACAAGCAGCCUGUAAUGCCGCCUGCUCUGGUUACAUAGAUGGUUUGCUUUGUUGCCAUGGCAUAAAAUAAUGCACGGAGAUGCUUACUUUGCACAAUGAUCCAUUAGCCCUGUUGUGGUCACAAUCAGAGCUGGCUCUAUAUCUGAGCUGCAAACCACUUGCCUAGUGGGCUCUUGACAUUGGCGGGCUGCCGCAACAUUGGUGGGUCCUCUUUGGGCAUGUUAGUGGCAGUGGGCAGCAGUUGCGCCAUGAUCUGUAACAAGGAACUACCAUUUCAAAUGUCGUUCAAUGCCCUGUGAUUGUUUUGGCUGCUUUUCCAUUUUACAAGGUAAAAUGGGCCCAAGGGAGCACAGGUGGGUAGGCAGGCCCAAUUGGCAGAAGGCAUCCACAGGUGGGGAUGCUCAGCGAUUACCCGAAGUGCCAAGGUCUGGUGGUGGGAUUGUGCAGAUUGGAUUUAUAAGAUUAGAUCCAAUUAAGAAGAGCCUUGCUGGAUCAGACCUGACCAUCCCAUUCUCACAACCACCAGCCACAUGCCUACAGGAAGCCCACGAGCGGGAUAUCAACAGAGAGGUGCCACUGAGAGCCCUGCUUCAAAGCAGUGCUUUCGGACAUCCCCUUAGACUCACAACUUGUAUGGUGUGAGGAGGAUGUGCAUGAAACACGAGUCCAAAGCCCUUUAGGGUGUGGGGAACUAGUUGUGCAGUUCUGUUGGAUCCUGGCCCUGACCUCCAAACGCAUAACACCUAUUCUGCCUUUAAUCAUCUGUUAGACCUGCAUUUGAUCACGAGUUUUCUGUAAGCUCUAAACUAAGCUCAGCACCUGCUCCCUUAAUAGUUUUGACCCUAAGGGGAUAUUUUGAUAACAAUGACCUAUUUGUAUAUAGUUGGUCAUGAUUCUAAGGACUCAAAUAUAAGGCUGACAAUUUGUGACGCAACUGAAUAAGUCUUAAGGGUUGAACUAUGCAGGACAGUGGCAGGGUUUUCUCCCCCACGUGCCUGCCUGCCUUGUUCACAGAUGGGGGGGCAAAUGUAUUCAUCUUAAUCUGAUUUUGCUGAAUUAGGAUGGCUUCUUCUGUGGAACUGAUAUAACAUGUAUGUUGUUUCCCUGGUUAAUCUGUGACUAUUAUUAUUAUUAUUAUUAAUUGAAUUUAUAUCUUCCCCAUCCUCCCCAAGGAUAUACAAUUCAACAAAUAUAUAAUUCGAAAACCCAAAACAAAAAUAUUCUAAAAUGGAUUAAAACAUUCCAAAAACAAUUACAGUUAGAAACUUCUAAAAGGGACAGCAAUUAAAAACCUCUUUCUGUCCAAUGAUUUCGAGGUAGCCAGGAACAGCCACAAAGGAGCAUUUUCAAAUUCUUCCUAAAACAAUAACAAUAACAAGGAAAAAAGCACACCUCACCAGGGAGGACAUGUCACUAAUUUAUGGUGAAAGACUAUAAUCUCUCUAUCUCUCUAACAAUUGGAAGUGGUUGGAUCUGACUGAACACUAAAAGAAGCGCAUAGGAAAGAUGUGCUAAAUCCUCCUUCCUGCCUCCUUUCCCCUCAGUCUGUGGCUUAGACACUUUUCUCUAUUCCUUGCUCACUUCUAGUAUCAAAGCUAAGGUGGGAGAAAAGUGCCUGGCGCAACUGCAUGAGGGGAGAUCAGGGGGUGUAUGUGUCAGGGGGAUGCAGUGCCCCUCUCCCAGCAACAGGUGGUGUGCUUACUGAUGCAAUAGAGGUGUAUGGUGGUGCUGAGGUUGGGAAUGCCCAGCCACACCUCAGAAUCCAUGCAACGUUCCCAUUGGUGUGCCCAUCCAGCCCCGACCUCUCAAUCAUCUGGUGGCCCAUCCUGGUAAGUGGCAAAAAUGCUGCUUUUGGGGAGGGCGACCACUCAGCACCUCUCCAACUCAUCAGAUGCUCCUUUGUGCUCUCAUAUAUUCCUUUCAAAGGUUGCACGUGUGGCACAGAUAGGCAUACCUGCAUCUGUAGAGACCUUCCUUGGUACCCACAGGGUUUCUUUCUUUGGCUGCACCACCUGCAGAAAUUAACCUUGAAAGAUGCACUCCACUAGAGCCAAUAGGAUAGUCUGUGGUGUGUGCUUUGUUGCAGGGCAUGUGUGGUGUCCACGAUCCAAAGGUUUUACUCGUAAAAUAAUGCCCCAUCUCACAGGUUGUAUGGGAAUAAGGGAGAUGUGUGGCUGACACCAUCACCAUGUUUUUUUGAUUUUUUUUGUGUGUGUUUUUAAUAUUUUGCUGGAAGCCACCCAGAGUGGCUGGGGCAACCCAGUCAGAUGGGUGGAUGAUGAUGAUGAUGAUGAUGAUGAUGAUGAUUUGUAGUUCCAGAUAACCUGGUUAACCCCUUUUCUGUAUUAAUUGUAAAAUGUAAUCUGUUGCAGAUUUUUAUAUAUAGUCACAUAUACAUUUAGAGAAAAUACAGAGUGUUUAUUGGGCUGUAUCUUCAAACUACCUUUCUUUCUCCUUCCCUGCCCCAUGUAGUUUAAAUUGUUUGCUAACGUUACCUGGAACAAUUUACAAUUUUUACAAAAAUUUUCCAGACAGAGAUUAGGGCCCAAUAUUUUGGACAAGAGGAAUCUUCAUAUUUUUGUGAACUAGUGUCUCUGUGUUUUUAAUAAAAUGCUUCACUUGUAACAAUGAGGUAUCAUUCAAAAAUAUGCAGUGAAUAGAAAUACCUGCUGUAACAAAAGUAAUUAAUAGACCUUGACAUUAGAAUUUUGAAAUCUCCCCAAUUACACUUACAAGUCACCUCCUGGACUCCAAUUUGCUUUAUCCAUUGGUGAUGUCACAGCAAUUAAGCCAAUGGCACCCAGGUAUCCCUCUCCCAAACUUCCUGCUUGUGGAGCAUGAACAUUCUGGUAAUCUGAUUUAGCGCAGUGCGUGGAGACUCUCUGAAUGGGCAGCUCAAUUCGGGGGUGGCUUGUGGGCCAGUUAAAUAACCCCCAUGGGCCGCUUGUGGCCCAUGGGUGCCCUAGGUUGCCUACCCCUGAUCUAGAUGGUGCUGUGAAAGUCAUUCUGUCUCUCUCAGACUAAUGUUUCUCACUCCAUAGUAGGGAACAUAAAUGAGACAAUAUUGCAAUGUGUUCUGUACACAUUGUUUUCCUGAGGCUGCUGCCACCCCCCAGUAAUACGAUUGUUGUUGUUUAGUCGUUAAGUCGUGUCCGACUCUUCGUGACCCCAUGGACCAGAGCAUGCCAGACACUCCUGUCUUCCACUGCCUUCCGCAGUUUGGUCAAACUCAUGCUGGUAGCUUUGAGAACACUGUCCAACCAUCUCGUCCUCUGUCAUCCCCUUCUCCUUGUGCCCUCCAUCUUUCCCAACUUCAGGGUCUUUUCCAGGGAGUCUUCUCUUCUCAUGAGGUGGCCAAAGUAUUGGAGCCUCAGCUUCAUGAUCUGUCCUUCUAGUGAGCACUCAGGGCUGAUUUGCUUAAGAAUGGAUAGGUUUGACCUUUUUGCAGUCCAUGGGACUCUCAAGAGUCUACUCCAGCACCAGAAUUCAAAAGCACCCAUUCUUCAGCGAUCAGCCUUCUUUAUGGUCCAGCUCUCACUUCCAUACAGCACUACUGGGAAAACCAUAGCUUUAACUAUACGAUUAGAAAAUAUUAAUAAUAUAAACAUAUAAUAAAGCAGCUCACUGUGCCUGGGAGCUUGGAGUGCCCCCUUUCUAUACCUUGGCCCCACACAACUGAAUCAUCAGUUUGUCUCAGUCAUUUCUGGUGAUACUCAGAAAUGUUAUCAGCCAUGGAUGCUGGCAGACUGAAAUAGAAAAUGGGAAGUGAGCAGGUUGGCUUUGGUAUUGGGCUAGGGAUUGGUUGACAAGGCUGUCGCUCUACAUGGCCUUCAAGAAUGGCUGAGACAUGGCCAUGUUAGCAGUGGGCAGAAAUGGCCAGAAGUCAUGAGAAAUCUUAUCAGGGGUGCUGAGGCCAGUGGGAUGGUUCAGAGAGGUGGGGCAGAGGCCAGAAUUCCCUCUCAUGAAGGAGUGAAGGGGACGGCAGAAAUAUCUGAAGUAGACUAGCACAAAACAUAUCGCUAUGGGGUGCUGCUUCUAACUGCUUUAGGAUAAGGGUACUUACCUAUUUUACUUACCUGAACUAGUCACUUCUACUGUGUACAUAAUGAAAAAGCAUAGUAGUAUCUUUCCUGAGUUUGUUGCAUCAUUCAGAGCUCCAGGGAAGCAGGGCGCAUUCCUGGAUCACAGUCACACAUUUUCAGUUUACCAUAUGAUCUGAUUUUGUAAUCUGUUCUUUUUCAAAGAAAGGCACAGUCAAUAAUUUUUGUCAUCACUGUGUUAAGAUAGUCAGAUAUUAGUUAUAUAAUUCUUUAGAGCCCAAGUUGAUGCAUCUGAAAUGUUAGUGAAGGCUUUUUUUAAAAAGAGAUAAUACGUGAUGGAGUACUAGAUCUAUUCUAUCAUAGGUCUAAGAUAAACGAGAGACCAAAUAUUUUAAUAUUGGAGUGUUCUAUCACAAGGAACCACAACUGAAAUAUGCAUGUAACAGUGGUUGUUGCCAAUGUAGGUAGAAUUUCUUAUAUAAAUCUGGACAAUUAUGUAGGAUUUUGAUUUGCUGAAACUGUCUGCUUUCUUUUAAGAAAAAAAAAACUACCUCAUUUCUAGUGCAAAGAGCUGUGGAAAUGUUUAGAAAUAUUAAAGUGAUGGGUUCUAACCCAACAACGGAUACAACCCAGUGUCUGUAAAAGCCUUAGUACUAAUUCAUACAUUUAGCAAAAGUAUGGGGUACAGAUUAUCCCAAGAUUACAGCAUGACUAUAUAUAUGUGAGAGAGAGAUCACAAAUCUGAGUGUAUCACCUGAUGAUGAUGAUGAUAAUGAUGAUGAUACCUAAUACUGGGAAUUGUACAAUAAAGGAAAAUAAUACAACCUUGCCAAUAGCUUACAUCUAUAAAACCUCAUAUUGAAUUCUGUUUGCAUAUGCAAACCUGUCAUUCCUAGGAGCCAACUCCUUGGAACCAAGGUCCCUUCAGCCUCCCCCAUAAAAUAUUUGAGGGGACUGCCCCCCCCCCAAGUUGAUGGGCGUUGUCAUUCAAAUGGUGUGCGUGUGCCAUGUCAUGUGAUUGAUUAUGUGGGAUGGGGCUUACCUGCCCCCAAUGUUUUAUUCAAGUUGGCACUCCUGCCAACUUAGGGAGAAGAACUGGUUGCGAAUAUGUUUCUGGUUGUAAUUCAAAACAUUUGUGAUUAAAGCCUUUAAGUGGCUUAGAUCCAGGAUACCUUUGGACCUAAAGUAUAGGUCUAAGGCUUACAAUAUUCCAUAUUCCUCUGCUUCCCUAUCAACCUGCCUGUUCCCUAACAUCAGAAGUAGAGGCUCCUCUCUCUUUGUUCCAUCUAGGAUGGCAAGAGAGGGACUUCUCAGUGGCUGAACCCUGUCAUGGAAUACCUUGCCCUGAAAUGUUUGGCAUGGGGGUUUUAUUUUUUGUUGUUUAGCUAUUAAAGACUGUUUUAUUACAAUAGGCUUUUUUGUGUAAUUGGCAGCUGAUAUUCUCAUUGUGAUUGGUUUAUGCUGGUUCCUCUGUCCUUGCUUGCUUGUUUUAUAUUGUUGUGUUCAUGAAUUUGUAAUUUUAAAUGUUGCAAGGUGCCCAGAGUGCUGCUUUUUCACCGGAAGGGCAGGACACCAAUGUUUAAAUAAAUGAAUGAAAGAGCAAAUAAUGUUAGCCAGACUUUUUCCUGUGAAAUAACUUGUUUCACAUGCAGAGAGUUAACAACUGAGUCAACCUAUACAUAUCUACUAAGAGUAAGACCCACUGAGUCAAAUGUUGAUUGCUCCCAAGGAAGUGUGUCUAGGAUUGCAUGUGUUCAGAGGUGGCAAAAUCCUGCAAGGGCUGUACUGCGAAUCUCAGUUAACUUUCUGAAUUGUCUCUCUGUUCCUUUGAGUGUCGGGUCAUGCAUGCACAGAGCACCCAGUCAUGUUGUCAUGUGAAUGCACCCCUGUUGCUAUUAAUUCUCUUUUGACUUUUGACUUUUCUCCUGCCAUCAGUCUGCUCCUUGCCAAAUGAAAAAAACCAUCAACUACAAAAUCUCAAAUAUCUGAUUUUAAACAAAAGAUGCACGUUAAGAUGCUGGAAAACAGGCAAAUGCAUAUAAUUUCCUUGCUAGGAUAAGUCAGAAACGUGGGGUGCUCUUCUUGCAGAAGCAGGCUGGGUUUUUGUUUUUGUUUUUAACAGACCUUUGGGUACGUCUUGUCAAAGCCUUCACUUGAUAAUGCUGACAGCUGCUGAUCUUCUCUCUGUUUAAGAAAACUUGUUUGCCUUGUGUUUUCCUUUAAAUGAUUGCUCUCCAGCAAUUAAUAACUUUUUUCUCGACAAAAGAAAGACAUGUGUUAAAAAGAGUAUACGCCUUUACAUAGCUCCGGAUUUUUGCUCCAAGCCCAAAAUUGAAAGAGCAGCCUGCAAUCAGCCUGUGGCUUUGGUUAAAGCCCUUUGCUAUUAUUAGGAAGUGAUGAUGUACACGGUCUUUUCCAGUACAUGGUCUUUUCCAGCAGAGCAGCUGUUCCCUGCUACUGUGAGGGUGGGCUUUGCAUUUACAGGGUGACAACUGAGAAAACAACACUCUCGCUGUUCUCAGAUCCUCUUUAAUAUUCUUUACACUGGACCAGCAGCUACUGCUAAGAAAUUCACGGUAAUUUUUGGGCAGCUAGGGAAGUCUCGAUUGUUUGGGCACUUCUGGCAGCAAAAUUGUAAAAAGAAAUAUAUUGCUUUUUGCAACUUCUUUGGGGCCUGACACAUAAAUAAUAUCCAAUUGACAACAUUAUUAUUGUUGUUAUUGAUAUUGUUGUUCUUAUUAUUAUUUGCCUUUCACACUGAAGUGCAUCAAAGCUGCAUGCACAAUCAAAAUAGAAAUAUAUAUGGUACAAAUCCUACUCACCGCACUUAAAAUGAUGCACAUAAGAAGAGGCCACAGAUAUAGCUAGUUACCCUUCAAAUUAGGACCAAAUGCCUGGCUGUAAAUAAAAAUGCCUUUGCCUGGUGCCUAGAAACAGACAACAAAGGCACCUGCUGUGCUUCCCUCAGAAGAGUAUUCCACAAAUAGGAAGCUACCACUGAAAAAGUAAAUGGAGAAAGGACAAAGGGGUUUAAUGUGGUGUCCAGGUUGGUUUGUGUGUUGAAACAAAGACUGAGCUCAGUAUCAAGAGAGCCCCUUCACCCUUGACUUCCUAGCUCACACCUAGCCUACCACAAAAAGCCUCUUACCUGUUUAUUUGCAUCCAUUUGUGUGUCUGUGCGUGUGUGUAAGUUAAUCAUGUUUUUUCAAUUGCCAUCAGAUUCCGCAUGUGCUGUUCAGAGGUUCAGAAACAUUUUCUCAUCAUCUCAGCCAACCAUUGGAGUGUGGGAAAGGAUGGAGAGGUUAACUGAUCAUCAAUAAGCAGUUCCUCUUAUUUACAAUACUGUGGGUUGUAUUAAGUGUUGGCCGUACUCAGAGUAGACCCAUUGAAAUUAAUGGAGAUGGUUAACCUAGGUUCAUUUUAAUUUAUAUCCCACCCCUUCUCCCAAAGGAGCCCAUUAACUUCAGCAGGUCUACUCUGAGUAGAAUUUACUUGACUACACCCUAAAUCUAAAGGGUGUCAGUAAAUGAAACAACUGUAAGGGGAAAAGGACAUAAACCCAAUACCAAACAUACAGAAUAUAUAUAUAUAUAUAUAUAUAUAUAUAUAUAUAUAUAUAUAUAUGAAGGUAGGUACAGGCAUGGUAUUUAUGCAGUCACUGUGAUGUAAAAGCGUAAGAUUUUUGGUAAAUGCAGUUAUUUAUUAACUUAUUAAAAUAUUUAUACAGCAAUGCAAAAACUUUUAAAAGCAAUCAUUAAAACAAAUGGCUACUCAAGAAAAUGGUUAAACUAUGUAGAUCUGCUGGCAUUUAAAAAAUCAUAUUUAUAUAACAGUUGCAAAAAACCCUACUAAGUCUUUAAAAAUGCUGACUCAUAUACCAUCAGCCCCCAGAAAGGGAAGUGUUUCUCUUUUGCUCAUCCGAUCUUGACCAUAGUUAAUACAGAAUAGUGACAGGAACUGUGGACCACGGCAGCAAGACACACAGCAUCCCCCACCCCAACACCAGGCUCUGAGCUUCAAUCAGCUUCCUAAUGUGAAUGUAAAAUGUGCCUUUGGCCGGGAUGCUCAUUUCCAUUACAAAGACCCUCUCCUCCACUUUCUCUUGCACAUGAGAACAAUGAUCAGGCACUGAAAUAAACAGCAAGAGAGAAGCACAAAAGCAAAUUUAAAUGUGUGUGGAGGGCAAAUGCUCAAGAGUGGGCGUGUUGCAGCCAUCAGAGAGGCUGGCUCUGUUGGCCGUCCAACGGUGUGUAAUUGGCUACAGCUGGGAGGGAGAGCCCUGCCGCCUUUGUCAGAGAAGCACCACAGCACACAAUAAACAGUGAUGUGCUCCGUUUUUCGUUUACCAAGCCGCCAGUAUUGCAGCUGGCCAUUUUAUGUCUUUCUGCCAUGGAAACUCAUGCUCCCCAAAGCUGUCAAUGAUAUGAUUUCUUAGUGAGCAUGCUUAGAAAAUUGGCCUCCCCGCCAAAAGUAAAUUUCUAGUACUCAUGCUGCAAAGCAAAAUGUUGACUAAUGUCACUAGGGUGUGUGUGUGUGUGUGUGUGUGUGUGUGUGUGUGUGUAAUUCCUUCUCUUUUUCAGCACAUGCCAUUGCAGCAAAUGCACUCUAUUGCUUUGUAAUGGGUAUGGGAAAGAAGCUGCAAUUUGAAAGGUGUUGUGAGAAGAUACACACUUCUUGUGCGCUGCAGGUAGUGCUGAAACUCAGUUUAGAAGCCAUUAGAGCAUGGGUAGGCAAACUAAAGCCUGGGGGCUGGAGCCGGCCCAAUCACCUUCUAAAUCUGGCGUGUUUUUACAUGAGUAGAAUGUGUGCUUUUAUUUAAAAUGCGUCUCUUGGUUAUUUGUGGGGCAUAGGAAUUUGUUCACCCCCCCUUCAAAAUAUAGUCAGGCCCCCCACAAGGUCUGAGGGACAGUGGACUGGCCCCCUGCUGAAAAAGUUUGCUGACCCCUGCAUUAGAGGGUUAAGUAAAUGUUCCUUAUCUCUGGAAACAUUCAAUAGGAUAAAUAGAUCUGGAGAAAUUAUUGGUCAGACUGAAGGGUGGGGAACAAGCAGAGCAGGAACUGGAGUAGAAUGAAUCUGGUUUGAUCAUACACAUCUCCAUGGUGAGCAGACUGGAUUGGCCAGUCCAACACACUGUUUCUCCAUUCUAUUCCCAGGCUAGGAAGCAAGAGCAAAGUUUGCACUGCGUAAUGGAGUUUUAGCAGUGCAUACCUUUUUUUUUGCAGGCAAUGAAUCCUUGCUGGACAUCAAAUUGGUGUGCCUAAUGAUGCUGCCUGUAACUAAUGGAUGUAAGCAGCAGGUCUCAAACACAGACAUGUUGAAAGAGCCAGAAAUUCAGGGGACUCUGCAUUUUGAUCAACGUGUAUCAUAGAAUCGUAGAGCUAGAAGGGACCCUGAGGGUCUUCUAGUCUGACCCCCCCUGCAAUGCAAGCAUCUCAACUACAGCAUCCAUGACAGAUGGCCAACAAACCUCUGCUUAAAAACCUCCAAGAAAGUAGAGUCCACAGCCUCCUGAGGGAGACCGUUCCACUACUGAAAAGCUUUUAUUGUCCUAAAGUUCUAACUGAUGUUGAGUAAGAAUCUUCUUGCUUGUAACUUGAAGCCAUUGGUUCAAGUUCUAUCCUCCAGAGCAGGAGAAAACAAGCUUGCUCCAUCUUCCAUGUGACCACCCUUUAGGCUAUCAUAUCUCCUCUUUUCCAGCCUAAACAUACCUAGCUCUGUCAACUGUUCCUCAUAAGGCUCGGUUUCGAGACUCUUGAUCAUCUGCGCUGCCCUCCUCUGAAUACGUUCCAGCUUGUCAAUAUCCUUCUUAAAUUGUGAUGCCCAGAACUAGACACAGUAUUCCAGGUGUGGUCUGAUCAAGGCAGAAUAGAGUGGUACUUCCCUUGAUCUGGACACUAUAGUUCUGUUGAUGCACCAUAGAAUAGCAUUAUUUUUCGUUGCUGCUGCUGCAUCACAUUGUUGACUCAUGUUAAGCUUGUGGUCUACUAAGACCUCAAGAUCCUUUUCACAUAUGCUACUUGUAAGCCAGUUGUCUGCUGCCUUAUAUUUGUGUAGGUGACUGAAGUAUGGUGUACCAAUAAACCAAAUUAUUUGCCUUUGGUACAAUCUGUAGUAUCUGCUGUUUAUCCCUGGUUACACUUUACUCCCAUACCCACUGGAUUGCUAAAGAGCAAACCCUGAAUUAGAUCACCAAAUCAACACUUUUAAUAAAAACCUUAAUUCUCAUUGAUAUUUCCAUAUUCUAUGCUACAUCCUGACACUAUAGAUCCUUGGAAAAUUCAGUAUUUGUGAAUUCAGAUGUGAACUGCCCUUUCCAGAGUAAUGUGCAGACCACAAUGUGGCAAUUCAUUAGAUUUCAUACUUCUCCAAUUACAGCGAUGCAGUUCUCAGAUCUAAAAUAAUACACCAGAAUGCAUUUAAAGAGCUGCAUUUUGAGAUAAAUGCACUUUUUUAAAAAAAAUGUACACCAUGAGAGAAUAUAUACUUACAAAUGCCCUUUUGCAGGCAAUUACAUUUAAAUGCACACUUAAAUGCAAACCCCUAGAUUAGUGCAGAAACAGAACAUGUUUAUGAGUGAAUGCAUGCAAAGUGAAACAGAUGAAAAAUAGACCAAUCUGGUGGUGUACCAAUCUGGUCGCCAUAAAGAAGCCCAUGGAACAAGACAGGCCAAUUGUUACAGCACCAUGAAGAGUUUUCUCAUGAAUUUCUAAAACUUUCCAGACUCACGUUUUAAAUCCCCUCUCCAUUGGUCAGUUACCCUCUAAAUAUUGAACAUGAUCAGCAUGCUAAACAGCUCAAAUAUCAUGCUCAAAUAUACCCAUCUGCUAAUCAUCUCCAAAGGUGGUAAUCUGCAGUGACCUUAGGCAUGUAAGCCUUUAAUGUUAGUCUAAUAUAUGACUAGAUAGACUAAUAUUCUGGCCCAUACUUAUCUCUGGAGACACUCAAGAGCUGGUUUCCCUGUCCUACACUACUGGUUUAGACUCCCUGUACUACACUUCCUGUCUCUUUCAGGAAUGUACUUUAUAGAUGCGAAGAGUGUGUAAUGUGUGGUCUAUUAGGAAUGUUUUGGAGCUCCCUGCAUCAUAGAAGAAGGUGCUACAUUCUGUGCUGCCUGCUCUUUUUCACACGGGGCGCUGAUCACAUGAGCCAGCUGCUCAUAUGAGUUGAAAAUGAGAUAAUCAGUGACAGAACCUUGUGAGAGCAUUGGCCUUCAUGUUUGCUGCCAUUCAUGCAGCAGACUGAAGCUAAGGAUUUACAAAGCAAGAAUCAUAGUGAACAAUGUGGAUUAAUGAGUGUAAUGCCCCCUUUAUUUCAGCCAAAUGGGUCUUGGAGUUGGACUUGGGGCACCUGUCUCCCAGGUCCAAUGCUUGUCUUUCAAGCUCAGGGUAUGGACCUUCAGGGUGGCUUUGAACAAGAACACCCUGUCUGCAUUACCAUUGCUCUACUGAAGCAUUCCCAGGGUAACCAAUUAUGGACUCAUCUGAAAUAAUGCUCCAAAGAACUCGGUACCUCCUACCAUGGGGACAAUCUGAUGGGACUGUAGAGAACAUCAAGAAACUCCUGUGUACAGCUUGAGAGCACAAUCCACUGAGAACUUCCCCUGCCAAACUCUGUUGGAAUGAAUGGGAGCUUUGCAAGAGUUCUUGCAAGGGCAAGGCUCCAUUCAUUUCAUUGGGCUCAUGCAGGAGAAGGUCCUUGGUCCACUUGGCCCCAAGAGCUUAACAUGUUAGUAUCUCAACAAUUAGAAUAUUUCCCCCUUGUUGUUAACCCUUAACAACAAUCCUUCUGCAGUUUAAACUCAGUGCUUUUUGUCCUGUUAUCAGGAGGAAAAGUGGAAUGGUUGAGCCCCCUCUUUGUCAGAGAUAAGUCUUAAUAUUUGCAAACUGGCAGCUUAGUCUCAGGGCUGUCGCAGGCAGAAGUAUUUGCAAGUGUUGGGUGAACUGAAACCGUCUCUUGCCCAGUUUCUGCAAAGCCACACUGGAAUUGUGCCAAUCCCUGCUAGUCCGAGCCGAUUAAGAGGAUCAGUGCUGGCUGCACAGCCGGGCUGCUGCCAAAUCCUGCUUACCAGAUGGAAUAAGGCCAGGUUCUUGGCCAUGCGAUGCUGGCUAUAUUGACAGGGAAAGAAACACAUCUUGCACAGUCACCUUAAAAAAACCAUUCCUCCUGUGAACUCAGGCAAACGGGUGUUGAGCUGAGUAACGAAGGUGAACGCAAGCUCACUGACGAUCGGAGCUUGUGAUGAAACUUUUAGAUGACCUUGUCAUGAACAGGAAAAUCAUGGCUAAGACAUCUGCACCUACAUGCCAAAAAGGUUAUGAGAACUGGCCGUCACUUGAUACAACGUAAUGACUACCCAGGAAUGAGGUCAUGUUCCUCAGCACGAAGAAGCCUCCAACUCUAAUAUCUUAUGCCUCUGGCACUCUGACCCUGGGUAUAUGAUAAAGCACAGACUGGAGCGCUACCCCAGUGGUAUCCUAUGUGAUGUGAGGUCAGAACUCUCCUGCCACCAUGUCUGGUUCUGGAAUAGUACAUUGCUGGGUUGAUUCUAAUAUGCUUCCAUCUCUGCCCAUUUGGGGGUGGUUGCUCUUCCCUAAUGUAGCAGUCGCUCACCUUGCUGAGAGACCAUGCUGAGGCCCAAUGGUUAUUUUGCUGCAUCUUAAUACUUAUUGAGUGGUUUAGUGGCUCACAAGAGCAGGGCUUAAGAUCCACUUUAUUCUAAGAAGUUAAAAGAGCGGUCAGCAUAAAAGCAUCUCAAGAAGUGUUGAAGAGUCUGAAAGUGGGGGGCCUGUUUGUUACAAUGGGAGGAUCGCUGCCAAAUAAUGCAGGAUUGCCCCCUUUUAGAAGGCAACACUCUUGGUGAUACUUUAGAAAUAUUGCUCUUGGGGAUACUUUAGGAAUAACCAGGAGAAACGCAGCAAAAAUGCCUUACCACUUGUACGUCCUCCUCUGAGAAGUUGUUGACCUUUGCUAACUUACAUGAAUCCAUGAUUCCUACAAGCACUAAUGGCUCUGUUCUUUGGAGAACGAGAAGAGAAGUGUUUCUACACCUCAUCGCAUGAGUCAGUCAACUCUGAAUACCGACUGAAGCUUGAAAACAGCAAAACAAUCUGUGCAAUUAUCUGACAAGCAUAGGAUUUAAUUUGCCUCCAGUUGCUACUGUAACCACACCUAAUCCCUUGUCCCGACUUAAUGUGGUCCAGUGGAAAGCUGACAUUUCUCAAGAAAAGCCAAACCUAGUGUGCCAGAGAGUGGCACUAAGGUUUUGAUCCGGAAUGGAACCCCUACACUGGCAAUUUGUGUAAACAAACAAACAAAUGCUACACAUAACUAAUAUAACAUCUAAUUUCACAGGAACAGGAUUUAAGCCAUCUUUUGCAUCUGUGGCAAAUAGUAUAGGUUUGGGUUUGCACCUACUUAGGAUGGAGGAAGCGAGACAAGCCUGACAUACAUGGUGUGAGGAAGAAAUAUAGCAUUUGCUCGUGAAAACUGGAAACAGGAUCCUUGGCUUUUAAUGGAACAGGGAACUGGUGACAUGAUACUUGCAUCCUGCACUACAGAUAUGAGGCAUUGCUCAGCACUCAGAGCUGCUGUGUUUACUGCUAUGUAUGUUUACGGGGUCAUUAGCAGAACAGAUGCAAUUACAAAAUUUUGACUGCUUUUUCUGUGGGGGCUAUCCAAAGCUAUACUUCUCUUGUCCUAAAUCCAGCACUCUGCAGGCCCCACACCAGUCGUCUGUGCUUCCUGAUCUUUAAAAAAAAGUCCAUGUGUGGAAAAACCUCAUUUUGUCUUUCCCUGGGCUUUCAUUGAAGCAGCAGACAUCUGGGAAUGCUGCAGAGUAAAAACCACCAAAGAGAAUAUUCAUAGAAUGAAAGAAGGACAUUCAUCACUAGCAACCCAUGCCCUCCUCAAAUGUAAGGGAAGCAAAACCCAAACCCUGCAUCUCGCCCACGAGUAUUUCACAGAAAUAUUUUCUUCCCUGAAAUAUUUUUCAAUACCUCCCUCCACCCCUUAACAGAAAAAUGUGGGAGACAUAUUCAGCACAGCACUAGAAUAAUACCUUGUAAUUAAAUAUGACAGAUAUUUUAAAAGUCAUUCCAUCGCCUCUGUAAGAACCUGCACAUGAGCCAGUAAGUUCUUUACCUUCUUAUCAGCUACACCUUUUAUGAAAUUCAAAACUUCACUGAAAUUCACAAAACACAGAAUUUGGAUUAAAUAUUAAGGUUCCUGUGGUUGUGGAUGUUGAUUAUACCAAAAUCCCUUUCACAUGUUUAGCUCUGAACUGGCAAUUUUUUCUUGUUGUGCCAUUCUUAACUACCACCAUUAGUCAUUCCUACAAUUUCUCACAAUAUAUGUAGCCUUGUUAGCUUUUAAGCUCCAUUUGUGGUGAGCCAUUUCUGCUUAUCAGUCCCAUAAUAUUUACAUGAGACCUACUGAAAAUGUGAAAGCUGUAGCUGCUUGAUGUCUUGCCCUGCUCUAAAAAAGCUGCAAUAAUCCUGCAUAGUGCAAAACAAGGCCAGUUGGAGAUUGCAGUUUGAGAUGAGCAGAAAACAGUGGGUAGCCAGGAUCCAGGUAAGUCAGACUGCGUAAAGGUGACUCUGAGAAGGCUAGACUUGAGAAAGGAACCUGGGACUAAACCCAGAAGCAAUGUAAGAUGCUUAGCAGAGGCCUGAGCUCACCUGGGCACCUAAAUAUUGACAUGGAGCCCUGCUUACCCCUUAAAAGCGUAAGGGUAGCAAGAAUUCAAAGAGGUCAGUGCUGCGGACUGCGGUGCUCCAAAGCUGGAAUGCCUCUCACAGCACCCCAGGGAAAGAGGGGUCCUGGGCAGCUGGAGAUACGAAGGAGCGGUGAAUUCUGGUGCCUUGGUUUAGCAGUCUAAAUCCCCAUCACCAGAGGCUGCUGACCUUCCCUAAAAGUGGCUUCCCUUUCACCAGAAUCACUGAGAUCUAGAAUCAUCCACAGUUUCAGAAUGGACAGCUUACCGUAUUUUUCGUCCCAUAGGGCACACCGGCCCAUAGGACGCACCUAGUUUUUUGGGGGGGGAAUUAAGGGGGGGAAUUUAUUCCCCCCCCGGUUUGUGCAGCCAUCCCCAAGCUAGAAGAGGGAGACGGAGCGCUCCGUCUCCCUCUUCUGCCUUCAGGGACAGCCUCUCUAGCCUCCGUGGGGCAGCGGCUUGCCCCGCUGUCCCCCGAGCUUGUGGGGCUGGCGAUGGGGAGAAGCAAGCUUGCUUCUCCCUACCGCCAGCCUCCAAACGAGGUCGGGGAAUAGCGGGGUGGCAGCGCUCCAUCUCCCCGCUGUCCCCCGAGCUUGUGGGGCUGCCUGAUAUCUGCACGAAUCGGGAUGCAGGCUGCUAUCCACAAUGUGAUGUGUUGUAGAGAAAGAUAUGUGUAAAAGGCAGACUCCUUCUAUAAUACGUUGGCUCAUGAACAGAAAUGAAUGCACAUGAAACUAAAAGGUAGAAUCAAAGUGAAGGUAUCUACAAUACCGAUAGAAUCAAAAUGUAACUGGAAGCAUCUACAAAUGUCCACAAGGCAAUGGUUUUUGCCCAGUGGCUGUGUCAAUGGAAGGCAGCUUGCCCAACCAAUCUUCACCUUCCCCAUCUCUUUCCUGCAGCCCCCAAUAACCCUGAAAAGCUAAUCCAAGGGGACCUACUGAUCAUUGUGGGUUGUGCCACAAUGUAAGAUAGGGGAAUGAGGAUGUGGGAAUCACCUAAACCAGACAAAGGAACCAUACACAAGCAGAGCUCUAUUGGGGAAAGGUCCCUUAGCCCAAUAUUGUAUCAUUUCACUCUCCAUACUGCACUUUCAUUGAUGGGGUCUGUUGAAAAUGGCUUCUCUAUGCAAACCAGGAAGUGAUCUCUCCAGACAAUGGUAUGACUUUUAUUUUCUAAUCUCAGUGGCUAUGAUCUCCUGUGUGACAUGGACACUAUUAGGCAGUUGAAUGUGCAUGUGUACUCUGUCCUUUUCCCUCCCUCCUUCCUGCCCCCCUCAACGCAGCCCCGGGCACGGGCAGCCCACGCUACGCUACUGAUUUAGCCCGCAAUGUCCUCCAGAUCCUCUGAAGAUUGUAGAUGGUGAAGGGGAAGGACAGAUGAGGGGAAAGGUAAGAUUGAUUUUGCAAGUUGUCUUCCACUCCCAGAACCAUUGGAUACAACUCAGUGGAUUUUCUGUGGGAAGCGACUGUAUGGGGCCAGGAAAUUGGAAAUAUAUAUUUCCUUUUGUGGUUUUCACAUAUCCAGGGCACUUAUCCAGGGCAGAGAUGUUGCUUGACGAUAGAGACACUGUUUAAAUAAAAACAUUAUUUGUCCAAAACAACUUUUCCCACUGUGAAUAAGAUACUGGUGAACUAAGGAAAGAAGUAAAGGCUACAUUAUAAAUUUAAAAAGGUGGUGACAGGUCAUGUGUAGAUUGUUGUAGCCAAGUAUAAAUUUAGCAACCUGCCGCUGAAUAUUUUUGGAGAAUUAUUUCAGCUUGCCUGCAAGAUGUUUGAAUAAAAUGGAAUGGAAAAAGAUGUAUAAUUCAUUAUAACUCCAGGAUUUUGCCUAAUGGCAACACAUAAAUGCCUCCCCUACCCAAAUGGAAUUAUAUAGGGCAGAAUCUACAAGACAGGUCUCCUACAAGAGAAGUUCCUAUAGUUGGGAGGUGGGAGGGGAAUAAAACUGGAAAACUGUAAGGCUGGAAAUGGAGCUGAAGGCUGUCUAGUCCAGGUUAGGAUGUUGUUGUUGCAAACACCCCUAAAGCAAGGAUGCAGAAUCUGUAGCCUUCCAGAUGCUGCCGAACUACAGUUCCCAUCAUCCCUUGUCUUUGGCCAUGCUAGCAGUCAUGCAUCUUGUUUCUCUCCAUUGCCAUGUGGCAGCAUCAGUGGUAAAUGUUGCAAUAGGAAAAAAAUACAAGAGGCCUCCAUAUUUAUUUAUAAAGUACAUCUAACUAUUUCAAGUGAAAUAAGCACUUGCUACAGAGGAACCAGCAAGCUUUUUACUGAUUUAGCUUUGUAGCAGACUCCUCAAAGGUAUACUUAGGGGUGGAGGAGAAAUUUGGUUUUGUUUACAUUUUAAUGAGAAUCUACCUAGUUCACACUUUCUGAACCAAUACACGAACUGAAACAAAGCUAUCCCAAGAAACUCACUCUUCUCUGAAUUUCAUGAUGCAGUUCUCUAAGAAUGCACAUGUCAGAGAGUCAUGCAUAAAAACACAUUAUACUAGUGAACAUAGCAGUCUAUUAAGGAAAAUAACAUGCAAAAGUGUAUAUUUCAGUCACAACUCUGUACAAAAAAAGUGCUUAAUAUGGUAAAUUUGCUCCAAAAUGCUCAUGAAUUUUCAUGAGGGUUUUUUGUUUUUAAUUGCAAAUUUCUGCGGAAAGAUAGGAAGAAAAUGAGAAACGGAGAGACCAGGAACUGACAUAUCUGCCCCCCUUACUUAUACUUGAUCUUAAAAUGAAUGUCCCAAAGGGUAUUUCUAUUAUAAUACUGUGCCCGAUGCUGUAACUGCUGCUUUUGCCGUUGUUGUUACACAAUUCUAUGCACUGCUUUUGCAAAUUAACAAAAUUGUUAGCCAAAACGACAGUUCCCUGUUCAAAGUGACUUGCAUUGUACUUGAUCUUAUUUAUUUGCUCCUGAUGGAGUAAAGGAAUAGGUCUUGGAAGAGUUUGUUUUUAACAGGGAUCAUUAUAAACCCUUUGUCCAUCACUUUUACAGGGGUUAUGUUCUGGGUCUCCACACACAUAAGUGAAACUUCAUAAAGUGGGGAGCACCCUGAAAACACCCUUUAAAAGCCCACUCUGACACUCUCUCUUCAAUCCAUACCAAAAUACUGCAUCCCAAAUUAUCCACAACUAGAAUUAAAGCUCUUGGGCUGGCAGGAGGCUGGAGGAUGCCCAGGAAAACUGCUGCUGCUGCUCUAUCCCACACACCAGCUGUUAGACGGGGAGGCUGAGCAGCGUAAGCAAAGCCCUGGUGUGCCUCUUUCUCUUCAGGGCUUCCUCCACCCUCACUGAUGUCCUUUUCAGGCUCCAGGAAGGGUCUUGUCACAAGGCACAAGGACUCUCCAGCUCUGUCCUGCCAUUUCCGCAUACGAAUUAAAUUAUCUUAUUAUUUCCUGGUGCCAUGUGCAUGCAUAGAAUAUGCAUAUGUGUGUGUGGGGGGUACCUGUAAGUCCUUUUAGUCAGGGCUUUUUUCAACUGGAACUCAGUUCCAGCACCUCUCAGGGGGCACCAUUGCCAUUAUAAAAUAACAAGGGAGGUGUUCAUGGUGACUUCUGGCACCUCUUCUUCUAGAAAAAUAGCACUGCUUAUAGUGCUAUUAAAAGGACACAGCGAGAGGACCUUUUCCGUGGUAGCUCCAUGUCUCUAGAAUUGAUUGUCAGCUCACCACACUCCAGCCCUGUAGAGAGAUUCUGAGGACCUCUUUGUUUCAGGUGACCUAGGCAUGAAUUAUAUCUUUCAUUGCUGUAGUGCUCUUUGAACUGGAAUAAUAAGGGAAAACAAUGUUUUCUUAUUUGGGAUUGAGCAGUCUUUUCCUAUGGCUGAUUCAUUUAGUGCUGGGGUGUUUCGUACAAAUCAUCUUAUAUUUUAUAUUUUUGAAUGUUCAUCACGAAAGCUGCUUUGAGAUCAUUCUGCCCAGAAAGGCAGCCUAUAAAUAUUCUCAAAGUAAAAUAAAAUAUAUUCUUCAUUUCUUCCAACUUCCAUCUAUACUCCACCUCUUUGCUAUCCUGGCACUCAAAGCAGCAGACUUGGGGUUCUCAGGAGGUCUUCCACUUAGGCACUGACCAGACUGACACCAGCUUAGCUUUAGCAAGGGGGUGCACUGUGAUCAGUUGUGUGCCAGUUGACUUGUGAAAAAUUCCCAGUGAUGCGAUAAAUAAACAAGUGUUUUAGGGACACAUUUGGCCAGGGGUGGGUAACCUUCUUUGGCCUGAGGGCUGCAUGCCACUUGUGCAUGGGGCCAUAGGCAAAGGUAGUCAGAGCACCAACAUGAAUUUUCCCACCCUGGCUCUGGGUCUACCUACUCAUCACCAUUUAUUGGCUUCUUGUUGUUUAGUCGUGUCCGACUCUUCGUGACCCCAUGGACCAGAGCACGCCAGGCACUUAUUGGCUUACUCCACAAUAAAAUUGUCUCUGUGCUUUUCAGUCAACAUAACACUACAUCAGGGGGGAAAGAGAAGAUCAGUAGGAUUAGAAUAAAAAAUAUGAAACCUUUGAUCGUUUGAACUGAAGCCUUUGUUAGUGAGCUACACAGCUAGCUUGUGAGUCAGUUGUAAAAAACAUUUGCUUUUGUACACCAGCAAUGAUGUAAGGAUAGGUGUCACUGGAACUACUUGGGUUUCCUUCCUUCCUUCCUUCCUUCCUUCCUUCCUUCCUUCCUUCUCUGACCAUCACAACAAACAUUCUUUGUAUUAUCAAUUUCUAAAAAUGCUUUCAUUCAUUUAGGGAAAGACACUGGCAUUUCAAAUCAGAAUUCUCCUCAAGCUGCGCCAAAGCAGUCUUUCCCAAGGCACAAGCUAUUGAAGAGCCUGGGUAUAAAUAACAAUAAAAGAGAACAAAACAGAUGGCCUACCUCUCCUUGUCCUCAGCCACAGAACGUGCAAAUUAAUCUGAGAAUGGAGAAUGCAUGAGACAACACAAUUAUCGACAGCAUAGGAACAUAGUGUGUUGUUGGAAGCUGUCUUAUAAUCAGUCAGAAUUCAAACAGAUUCAUGCCCCUGUUGUAGAAAGUGCUGAGCAAGUGGUUCUUGAUAUAGUUUGUGCUCACAAAUGUGGGUCUUAAUAGAUCUAGCAGUCAUAUGCAUGUAUAUCUUCUUUAGGGGCACAGAAUGGCAUGAGCGACCCCAUAUGACUCUUUUUAGGAUUAAGACACCACUAUUUGUCACCAGGGCUGUCUUAAGCAUAUGCGGUGUUGGGGUGCAAAGAUCCGCCUGGUGCCCCCUCCAGGUUGCCCAGUCCCAGGCACGCAGGAGGGCAGAGCCAGCAGGCCACCUCAGUGUCUUGCUGGCUCAGUUGCUCCCGAACUUGCAGCGCAAAGCUGCUCACAGCAGAAGAGCCCACCGUGGCGCUCCGACCGAUGGGCGGGCUCUUCCCCAGACUCAACUGUCAGGCUCCGGACUCUCGGCCCGGCGCCCCUGAGAGUCCGGUGCCCAGGUGCCCUGCACCCGUAGCGCCUAUGGAUAAGGCGGCCCAGUUUGUCACAUUCGUUUGUUGAUCAGGCAUUGACCUGGAUAGAUGAGUCCAUUUACUAUUGCAUUUUAGCAAUGUUAUUUAUAUCCUUAUUACAUUUUAAUAUUAUAUGUGGGAUUAAAGUUGUAUACCCUCCCUAUACUACUUAGGAAUACAGUAUCAUUUUUUGUCUUCAACGAUCACAGUUUCUGAGUUCAGCUUUGGAGGUCAGUAUAUCAUUUGUUGUGUCUUAUAUGGAGUCAGACCAAUGGUCCAUCUUGUUCAGUAUUGCCUACACGGGCUGGCAGCAGCUGUGCAGUUUCAGGCAGGAAGUCAUUCCCAGCCCAGUAUGGAGAUUGAACCUGGAAACCUCUGCAUGCACAGCCAUUGAUCUAUAUGUCAUACACAGAAUGGACCCCAGUGAAUUGCAAACAAUGUGAUUAAUAGACAAUUGCCUUGUGGAUAUGGCCCAAUAAACAACGCAAGGAAUGGGAUAAUCAGUCUUGGGGGGGAAAUGUUUUGGCCCUCUGCUUUCAGCCCAACUCAUUUGGAAAGGACACAAAGAUAUUAGGCUACCUCUGGCAACUGCCAGGGUCUUCCUAUGGUGGCCUCAGACGAUGAUACUUCAAGCCACAUGGGAACCCUGAUAUUUAAAGUUAUGUUUAUGGGGAAAUGCUAAUUGCUUAUUCUGCCUCAUUAACUUUGGUGCCAUUAGCUUUGCAGAUAAAAAGAUUUCGAACUUAAAUUCUGGGGAGCAUCACUGACUUUCUUUUCUCUUUUAACAGUAAAGAAGAAAUAUUGCCAACGGCUGAUGAAGACAUAUGGAAUAAUUCCAGGAGUUCAGGUAUAAAACCCCAUUCAAUUAGUUCUUCCUUACCGCACAUCUUAAUUUUUAAAAGUAACAAAACACCCUGAUAUAUAUAUGUGUGUGUGUCUCUUUCUGUGUGUUAACUCUUCAGAGUCAGACAUCCCCAAAAUUCUUUAUUCACAUGUGGAUGAUAAUGAAAUUCAACAACGUAAGGAGAAUGUAAGCAGUAAAGAUGUGGAAUGUAACGAAGAUGAUAAUGAAGAUAAUGAAAAAGAAUUAGAGUUGUUGGUAAGUGUUGUGCAUUAUUCACUUAACGGUUUGAUAAUAUGAACUCAUUUAUUCCUCAAAGAAAGUUCUUCUCCAGCUUCAACAGUGCUGAUAGGUACACAGAGAUCUGCCAGUGCUAUGCCAACAUCAGAGCUUUGAUUGCAUCUUUAACAUGAUUGGUGGUAAAAAGUGCUUUGUUCAGUCUAUUCCAUUAUGUUCUGCUGCCCUUAAUUCAAUAACUUAUCUCUUUUCUUCUUUUUAUCACAGGCGAUAAAGGACAAUUUGAGAGCCCUAGAAGACUAUUUCAAAGUCCUGUCUCUCCGGUCUCUGUGAUCAGUGUACACAUGUAUACAAUUUUUGUUCAGUAGACUUCCUUUGUUCUACAUGUAGGCUGCCUCACACAGACUAUGACUGGAUGUAGAUGGCUGUUUGCCCUGCAGUGGCUGCUUGUAAGCUCACCACAGAGCAACAGCAAUGAUGUGGGGAGUCAGUUAUCUUGGCAUCCGGCCAAUGGGUAAGGUACCCCACACCCAUGCUGUACCCCACACCCCUGGUAUGACAAAUUCCUCUUUUCUUCCUGCUUAUGAACCUCUUUAAGACCAAUAUUUGUGCACAUCUUGGUCAUGAAUCUCACCUGCCAGCUAUAAAAUAUACAUUCCCAGCACCUCUGAUUCAUAUCAAUUCUCUUCUAAACGACAAGCAUUUAACCUGUGUGGGUCAUCCAAAAUAGGCUGCCUUGCAUUUUGUGGGAAGGAAUGACAGCAAGUCUGGAGCUCAUAUUGCUUGUGUGCACAAAGCUAAAUAAGUAUGGAAUAUAAUACUGUUUGUUUGAGAACACAGGAAAGCUGAAACCCACAACAGGACUUGUAGCCCUUUUGGACAGUGAGCAAGAAAAUGAAUUUUUCACAUAUAAGCAUGAACACUCCCUUUCUCUAACUUUAGGGUAGUUAAGAGUUGUCAUCCAAUGCAGGAGCAUUCACUGUCUGAAAAUCAGCAUCUUUGUAAAUUUAUUUUUUUAAACUUUUUUUUAAACAAAAAGACAGAAAUAAGAAGCUGGGGUGGGGGAAAUCACAGGAUACUCUUAGCAUUCCCUGAGACAAUGAAUACACUAAAAUUUAACAGUUUUUAACAAGAAGGGAAAAUCAAAGUGAUCAUCUGUACAAUAAAUGAAGAGUGUAUAUGUAUGUCAUUCAGAUUUUAAUUUACCUUAUGUGCUGUGUAAUGAAUUAAACAAUGGAGGCCUAUAAUAAAUGGAAAUGCAACCAAAUCUUUGAAACCCAUAGGCAAUUGCUCACAAGACAGCUCGGCAGUUGACAAGUAACAUGAGCCUUAUGUGAGAAGAAGGGAAAAUCGUAAGAUUUGCAUAUAAUUAUUGAGAUCAUGCAAAUGUCAGUUAUGAGGAGGGAGAGAGAGGAGGGGGAAAACCCAGGCAUCUCACUAUUAAAUCCUGACAGUUGGCAUCACUGAAGAGCUCAGAUACAUUUGAGCGCCAGUUGGCAGAGGGUCAUUAAAACAGAAUUUGCAGAAACAUUAGUUCCUUCACUUUUCUUUGAGUGACGUUUUACUAUUAAUAGUUUGCAGAGGCUUUGCAGAAAACAUAUUAAUAAGAGUCACUGUAAUGGGGGUAUCUGCAGCAAGUGUAAAUGUAAUAAGGUGGCCCCCAAGAAGCUAUCCUCUAAUUGAUUGGUAUGAAACCAUCAGCCUGAGUAUUCGAAAGCAAGGAGAGAAUGCCAUGACAAGGAAAUGCUGUUGAAUUGUAUAAUGCAAUAUUUGGAGGAGAGAGAGAGAGAGAGAGAGAGAGAGAGAAGAAACUUACUCGUUCCUGGCCUUUCCUUCACUAACUCCUUUUACGCUUUCUGGAACUCUCAAAACAUUCCGGUAUGCAGCCUGUAAAAUGGGUGCUGAGAGGAAUGAAGAAAAGGGAACCCUUAGAGUAUUUGUCAGUGUGCAAAUGUAUCUUUAUUUUACCGGACAAUACCAUUCAUUCUCUAGCUUUGAUAUGCGGUGUCAAUGCAGUCAGUUUAAAAUAAAACAUGCCUGGGAGGGAAUGUGCUCUGUGAAUGAAUUAGCUUCUCUUGUAGAGAAUAUUCUCUUUUGGAUUCAUUUGUCUGAAAUGGACUUGCAGCUUACUGAGCUCAUGAAUAAAGAGGGUGGGGAGAUGGGGGUGGGGGUGGAAGCGAGAAAGAGAGGGGACUCAGGGCUUUUUCAUUUCUUGCUUUUACACAACCUUCUAACACCCUUUAUUUUAAAGAGGACACGCAACAUAAAAUCUGUAACUGAUUUGUUUUCUCCAAAUCCGUCUUACUGAAUACAAAACUUUCCUGAUUAAAUCCUUCCUCUUAUAUAUCUAAGUUUAUGUGUAUGCACACAUGCAUUCUGAUCAUUUUUUUCUUAUUCUGUUCUUUCAGCUAAGUCAGCACUUCACUAGAGCCAAGGAUGAAAGGAAGUUAUACACAACCGAGCCAGUUAGAUUUCCAAAUGAACCAAAAGAACUGGGGGGCAAGAUGGACUCUGGCUUGCUUAGGCAACCUCUUGCGAUAAGUUCAUCUGAACGUGCUUUACAAGACAAAGGUCUGCACAAUAACCAAACAUCUUCCACAGGAAAUGAUUUUUGUAUGAUACCCCCAGAAAAGUUGACUCCACUGGACUCGGUAAACAAUAGGGCCCAGUCUUCGGAAAGCUUUAGUACCAUUGAAACCCUUUCAUCACUGGAGCACUGGUCUGGAACGAAAGAAAAAGAGACCGACCGUUUUACAGAUGUUAUCUCAAGUAAACAUGGGGUGUGUCCUGCAGAUGUUCAAAAGCAUGAAUCUGAAGAUGCCUCAGGAAGCGAAACAAUGGAGAGUUUGUUAAUCAGAGAGGAUAAUUAUGAUCACCACAGAAAGGCGUGGGAAACAAGGCCCAAAAUAGUUCCCUUAGAGUAUGAUGAAGCCAUCGAGUUAAAAGAGGAAGUGUUGGAAAGAGUGGAUGACAAGGUCAAGCCAUUUCUUGGGCAACAUAUGCAAGAAACAUCUUCCCAAACUCUUGAAUCAGUUUUAGAAAACAUUGACAAAAAAGAAUUCAAAAUUGAGAGAUAUGGGAACAAAAAGGUGUAUUUAAGAGGAGAAUUUAAUACCAAUACCUUAGCUGAAGCUAAUGUCACACCAAGGUCUUUCACAAGUUUGCAUACCAAAGAUGACAUUGUAGAAGAAAAAUAUAAGUCUGAGUAUAAUCUUGAUAAGGUGAAAGAAAUAAAGUUGAGCAUUUUAGAGCAAUCUUCAGAAGAGGCACAAGCAUGCCCUACCAACAGGCAUGGAAAAGAUUCCGCUGAAAUACAAAAUCAACAACCAUUGUUGUUCACACCAAGUAACAAUGAAGGCAGUACAAUAGAGAAGUUUUCUCAAAGAGAAAUGAUGAGUCCUGGUGUGUUAGAUGUAGCAAAAGAUGAAGAAUUACAUGAAUCCAUAGAUAUAUCAUGGCUAAAUGCUGGAGAAAUCUCAGGCAAAAGAAAUAAGCAGGAAAGCACAACUUCUGUUGUAGGUGAAUUAAGUCAAAAUUUAAAGGGAGCAGAGAGUAGUUACCCAGAAGACAUUCAGACCAGAAGUGGGAUUUGCUUGAGCUACCCAAAUUUGGUACAGGCAACUGAUGAAAGUAUAUCCACGUAUUCUGCAUCAACAAAUGUAGAAGAUGUGUUUGAUGCUGGAGGAAAUUUAGAAGAAGGGAAGCACAGUCAGGGCUAUGACCUAGCAAACAGAAAGAUGUUGCAGGCAGAGCUGUGCCAAAGUGAUCCUGGCAGGUUUACUGAUGAUGAUCAGAGCAGCAGGGUCACAUGGGGGGAUCAAAGUUGGAGAGGCUUAGGAAGUCAAUUGGCAGAAAAGGAAAGCGAAGCCAAUGAAGGAGUGCAGGUGGAAGAGCUAACAGGUGGCGAAGCUAUGUGGGGAAUUAAAGAUGAUACAAGAUGUUUGGAUGUAACUCCCACAGAUGAAUUGUUUACCUGCCAAGACCCGGUGAGAUAUGAAGAGUCUUAUGUAGUGGAGCAUGAUAGUAUAAGGGAAGCAGAGGCAGUUACAGCCUCUUAUAUAAUUAAAAUGACAUCAGAAAGCACUCCAGAAAAAAUGUCUGCUGGUGAAAAAGCAGUAAUUAUUAAGCUACCUCAAGAGACUGCACUAAGUGACAGGUCCACAGAGGAAAAGGAAACAGUGUUUGAUAUACAUGAAGGGAGAAGUGAUGGUUCACAUUAUCCUCUUUGUCAAUGCAAUACAGUGGGUGUAUUAUAUGACACCAAAUUUGAAGAGGAAUCAGUUUCAGAUAUUUAUAAUGCACGCAUACAUGAAACGGUGCACGGAGAAAUGAUGUCAGUACGCAGUGCAAGCGAAAAGCUUGGUGGAGCAGAACAUAGCACUGGGAAUGAUUCACCACCAGAUGCAAUAUUAUGGACUUCUGCUGCAGAAGGAAAAGCCAUUUCAGAGCAGGAUUUAUAUCCUGAAACAUCUCCGAAAGCUUUGCAGGGCCUACUGCAAGGCCUAUGCAACAAAGAGGCUGAAGAGGCAAGUGUCUGGAGAAUGCUUCCUCACGACAGUGCUAAAGCAGAAAGCAAAAUUUCCCCUUCUGAGGUCAUUGUUGCUGGCAGCUAUUGCGAAAGUUCAUCUGUGACAUCUUCGGAAGAGUCCAGGGGAGCAAUUCCUGCUGAGGGGGGGCAAGUGUUGCAUCCAGACACAGAAGCCUCAGUCGAUAUUGCAGCUGACUCAGAAAGCGGCUUCACCACAACUGGUGAAACAGCUCCCAUGAUUCCAAAUAUUUAUUUGGAGACUGAACUCCAAGAACUUCCUGAGAGUUCAGCAGUGCUGCCUUCUAGUGAGAAAGGAGAAAGUAGCACAAGUCUGUUUCCCCAUCAGCCAGAGCUCAAACAGGAGAAGCUAUUAGGGCCAACCAUUUUAAUUAGUGAACCCCUAGAAGAAAGAGAAGAGAGAAUCUCAGAGUCUGAAGGUUUGAUAACUGAAGAAACAUUGAACACUGACCACCAGUCUGUUUUUGGUCACACAGCAAUUUCUGGCCAGCAAAGUGAAGUUCAUAGCUUACCACCUGAGUGUCUCGUUUUAAAGCACAUUGGUUACAAAAUACUUUAUUUCCUCUUGUUUGUUGUGUUUUGCGUCACAUUGUACCACUACGAUUUAAUUGUUUGCUUUGCACUCUACUUCUUUUCAUUGUAUUGGCUAUACUGUGAGGGCAGGAGGGACGAGGAAUCUGUCAAAAAAGAGUAGUAUAAAGCUUCCAAAUGUCUACAUGAAGCACUUAACAUUUAAUAUUAGUAUAUCCCAAAGCACAGCCAUGUCCACACAGAACCAACUCAAGAUUGCCCCCCCUUUCCCUUGAAACAAUGCUUAAAGGAAUGUACAUGGAGUUUGCUCCCUCAUAUAAGUAAUUAUUCUGCAUAGGACCAUUAAGUUUGGAUCAUUAAAUACCUAUAUGAAUAUGAGUUCUGAAGCACAUCAAGUUGAAAUUAAAUACAGCUGCUGCUCCUUUUCUGGUUAGGAAGAUGUGAAGCUUGAGUCUCUUCAGAGUCUCUUACAAUUUUAUCGCACUCAUUUGUUUUGUAGUAAAGCUUUAUUUUCUUUCUGGAAGGCUUUUUAAAAAACGGUUUUAUAUAGCAAGUAAGUAAAGAGGGAAUGGCAUUAUGACUAACACAGUAAUAGGGCAUGUCCACUUAGGAGUUUCCUGUAUUUUAUACUUAUGCACUAAAAUUGAAGGAUGAGAAGUAGGCCCCACAAAAUAAGGUAUUGUGUGGCCAGGGAAUUUUGCACACCAUUCCUCAGUGUGGACUAUAUCACCUCCAUUCAUCCCACGAUUUUCCUGUUUUGCUGGGUGAACAGAUGGGAAAACCAAAGCUGCAGUAUUGUUUGCAGGGAUCUGAUGCACCGAGUUGGAGCCCUUCUCUUCCUCCUCUUUCAAACUAUGCAAUGUGGACAUGCCCUUAAUAUAUUAAUACUGACCAUAGGCACGAUCCACUGGGAUGUCACUCUGCAUGCACCGCUGAAAUUGAUAGGAGUUGUGCAACAGCGCAAGGAAUGUGCCCCAUAUGCAUUUAAUGAUGUACAACUAGAAUUAGCAAGCAUAUUUAUGGGUUAAGUGGAGCCGUCAUCAGACAUUGCCAAUCAGAAUUAAGGAAACAUACAAGGAGGGUCAUGCGGUCAAGUAUGCCAGCUCUGACCUUUGUCAUCAUUCUCAUCUCCCUCCAAAUCAUGGAGGUCAGUCUUCUGAAGCAGAGCCUUCUGCCCUCAUGAAGGCUAACGUGUGCUUUAGAACCCUGAUUUUCUAGCGUUCUAAAGAACAUAGAAAGAUUCCAUGAGCACAAGAGAUCCCCCACUUCAGAAGAUUGUCUUGUACACAGUGGAGGGUGACAGAAAUAGUGACAAGUGGGGGGCAGAGAUACCCCCAGCUCUGAUGUUAACUUAAUACUUCUUGAUAAUGCCUGAAGAAGGCAUAGGUGGCUGCUGUUGUUUUCCCCCCAAUGUGAUGAUAUUAAUUAAUAAAUGUCUGCACAGUUACAACUCUAGACUCCAGUGCAAUUGUGAUGUAACUUUGUAUGUGUCAAAAAAAAAAGUGCUAUGCAGAAAAAGCAGGCUCUUGUUCACACCACAGAGCUGAUAUGGACUGAUGUAGACUGAAGGAUACAAAUUAGAGCCUGGUUGUCUUUAGAUAUUGUUUUUAUAUAUAAAUAUACUUUUUGUAAAUGAAGACUGUGUAACGCAAGGGAAGAAUUUCACUUAAUCUUAGCAUUAUUCCAGUUGGACUUUCUGAAUGAUGUUAUUUAAACCAUGUUGCUUUAGAAAGGCAAUCCCAACAAGUGUUGAAUAAUAGUAAUAAUAAACAAAUUUUGAAUGGUUGGAUUGUGUGUGGAUUACUUUGGAACCCCGCAAGAUAAUAAUGAGUCCGAAGCCUUCUUCUGCAGGGAUGCCAUGGCAGAGUGUCAUCAAUGUGGUUGGACUCUGAUUCCCAUUAUCCUUGAUCAUUGGCUAUGCUGGCUGGGGCUGAUGGGAGCUGUAGUACAAUGAACAUUACUUGGACUGUUAAUGGUUCUAAUAAGGUUUUUUUUUUUUUUUUUAAAAGGGAAAUAACCCACGAUUUGAGUGAUAAGCAAAACUAUCUGCUGCAUUCAUUCAGUUACUUGCUGAGAGAGAACAUAUUUUCAGAAGUACAUUUCAAAUGUAUGCCCAAAACAUUAAAAAAAACCUUCUACAUGACAAUUUAUUGUCUGGGAAUGUGAGAACCUUGGGAGUGGUAUUCUAUUUCCAAACAUCUCCAGUUCCUGCUGUCUUUUCUAUUGCUGCAAGGUUGAGGCUCUAAAAGUUUGGAUCAGUCGACAAGCCUUGGCUUUGUGAAAAUUAUGGAAAAGCUAAUAAAGAAAGAAUCCAUGAAAAUCAGUUGCUUUGGUCAAUAUAUUUCCCCUAAACAUCCAUAAUGGGCCAAUCUUGAAAGAAAAUUCUUUCUUUCUUUGGGAAGACAGGUAGAUUUACCUUCUCUUGCCCCAAUGGUUUGCAUCAGUUGACAGACUCCAGACUCCAUAACUGGUAACUUUGAAAUCCUUUUAAAGUAAUAUCUAGCAUUUCCCCAUAUCCCUAUCUUCAUAUGUGUGCAGCUGUGCACUGCACAAGAAUCCUAUGGCUCCACUCCCCACACCCUGAGCAAUAUACGUACAUAUCCAUGCUUUGAUAUUUGUAUACUUGUUUUCUUAUAUGAUCAAACUGUUUUACACAGAUUUUCUUGGUAGAGCACAUUAUCCCCAUUUAACAGACGAGGGAAGGUAUGCUGAGGCUGAUUGUACCUUACCACCUUGUGCAUUCAGAGUAAUCUGAGGUUUGAGUAAGAGACUUGUUGACUGGGAGUUUAUGUGAUUAACCACUGCAUUACCUUUUCUCAGUUUAUCCUUUAUAUUAAAAUGGGAAAUGAAAAGUUGUGGAUCCAAAAUGGUGGUCAAAAGGUUGACAGUUUGGUUACCUAGAUUCUUAUCUAGUUGUUUGACUUUUAAAAUAUGUAAAAUGCACUGGGACCUGCAGAUAAAUAUUUCUAUAUAUUUCCAUGGCUGCUGAAAUGAAUCAAAUAUAUAUCUGAAUAAUCUGUACUUGAAUAAUCAGACAAAUGGGUAGUGGGCAGGGGAGCAAUAAAAUGAAUUAAAUAAAUAUCUAAAUUUCAGAUAAAAUAUCUGCCAC